UUUACUCGGCGAGGGGACCUCGCCGGAAGAACAACAAGUCCCCAAAAAGCGCAUGAAGAAUGCUUCCGGAAUUCUUCAAAAUCUCGAAAUCCAAUGUUAUUGGCAAAUCAGACGAGGGAGGAUACUACAAGACGUACGGUAGCGACGCCGAGGGCGAGAAGGGUUACGAGAAGGCAACCUAUAGCAAGGGCAAUCAUGGCUAUAAGACCCUCGACACCUUCCACAAGCAGGACGGCGACAAGUACGCAUUCGAGAAGCAUGUUGCCUACGGCAAAGCGCAUGCUGACAAGAAAAGUAGCCACGACGAGGCAGCCUCUCGUUCCUGGAAAGCGGGUGAUCACGAGGGUGCAGGCACUGUCGUUGAUACUCAUUAUGCGAUCGAUGAGGGUGAUCACGAGGCCGAAGCCAACGAUCACAGCGGUUAUACUCGCGAAGAUGGCGCCCACUAUACGGAUCAUGAACCAGAAUCUUCGAGUUACGGACACAGUGAAAGCUACACGGACGGAGACGGUGAGCACGGUUCUUACGAAAGCCACAGCUCCUACUCGAAAAGCUCUGGUGAUGAAUACGGAAACGAUGGAAGCCAUUACUACUAAUCCUUUGCCAAAUGAUAACACGGAAGAGAUCUUGCAAUUAUGAGAUCAGAUUCGAGGAUGGAUUAUAAGGGAAAUUUCCAUCGAUCCGAUGACAACUAAAAUCAGUAUGGACAGAGUGCUGCUCUAACGAACCGCAUGAAUCGUAAAAAAAAAAAAAAAAUCUUGGUAAAAAUUGUCGAAGCGUAAGUUUUAUAAGUCACCAUUUCCUGUCAAGAUUCCAAAUCGAACGGAGAGAGGGUGGCGAAGAAAGUUCGAUACAGAUGGGGAGGGUGAGGCGCCAACAGUGGAAAGCUGGGUACACAGACGAGGAAGAAACUGGGUAGGUGGAGGAAAAGGGGGGAAAAGUCGUAGAGGAAGGCGAGAACGAAGGUUUAAGUAGGAUUCUUACGUCAGUCGGAUUCCACUUGAAGUAGCAAAGAGAAAAGGUCGAAUGGAAUCGAGCGGAUCGGUGCGGGGAACGACAGAGGGGUGGUUCAGAUCCGGUGGGCGGUUAGAGGAAGAGCAAACAAAUCGACGUGCAACUGCGUUUCUUGAUUUCAUCCCGGCUCUUCUCAUUGUUGCCCCCGUCAUCCUGUCCUCCUUGUCUGCACUGUUUUCAAGACUGGAUUCAUAAUGCGUUCUUAUUACAGAUUUUUCCCAAGGAAUGUCGCGUUCUUAUAUAACGUAAGCCUUUUCAUUAAUGUUGGUAAUAAUGGUGCACGAAGAUACAUUUAUGAAGUAUGAAUUUUGCAUAAAACUGAAGGAAAAUUCACGAUUCAAAUGUGAAAAAGAAGAAAUUGAGAUCCAAAUUAUAAGUUAAAUUA